UUUGGGUUAAUAAUAAUAAUAAUAAUAAUAGACAGUGCCAGGGUACACAACAUGAGCAUGGAAUAAUGUAGCCACUGAUUGCUUAUUAGCAUUACUGCUGUGGUGUUACAGUUAAAUUCAGAGUUUGUAACUUGAUUUGAAGUUGUUUAAAACUUUUUAUUUAUUUAUUUAAAAUGUGGUCAUGGUGUCUGCAGGGACUGGUUCCCUCUUUGUUCAAUGUGAUCAAUGGCAUUGUGCAUGACACCAGCUGCAAUAACAGUUAUUAUUUUUUAAGAGAAAAAAAAAAACAAUUGGACAUGGCAUCUCAAAAUAAAACCUUUAUUUCUGAGUAUUGCAGCUUUGACAAUGCUAAAAUGAGGAGCGUCAAAAUCAAGAAACCAUUAUAGGAAAAUGCUGAACAUCAAGAUAAGGUGUUUUUAAACAAGGCAACCGAGACACGAUAUUUAUUACAGAAAUGAUAACUGGUUAAUGAAACAACUCAUGCCAUACACGGUGACCUUAGUGAUCAUAUAUACAGUCUAUGAUAAAAAUGCAAAACAGUCAUGCAAUCAUAACCUUACUAAAGAAGGAAGGGAAUAUUGUCUGAAGAGAGUAAUACAAGUGACGUGUUUUUUAUGAUGAAGUUCAAUGUAUUAGAACAAUGUUGACUACGUUUUUACGUGAGUCAAAAAUUUACUUGAAUACAGUAUUUAAGUAAAUGUACACAGUUACAUUCCACCUCAGGUUGACAUGGUUCCCUAGUUUGUGUCUCUCAUAAUGACAGUACGUGAAGUAUUAUCAUUAAUAAUAAUACAUGAGCAGUACACGCUUAGGUAAAGCCUAUCAGCAGUUUCGAGCAAGCUGUGAAGACGGAACCAGACCGCCAUUUAACUAAAUACCAAGCGAGGACUAAACCGAAAAGCAGGAAAUAGAUGUGAAGCAUCUCACUUAUCUAGUGUUCGGCGUCGACUGAGAUUCAAACUAGGAAGUGAAACCAAAACACGAACCAUGAGCAGAGAAAGUUUGAGGUUUUUUGUAGCAGUUACACGAGCGCCUACUUGAACGCAGAGUCUGGAAAACUACACACCGGAAGCACUAUGUGUUGUCAUUAUUUGUAGCUUCACUAAGGUCAUGUUCAUCGGAUUGCCUAUGCGUGCUGUGGCUGUCCGGUUCUUACACCUUCUUAACUAAAUGAUUAUGGAGCUCGUGCAGUGUUCCGGCAGCACACGCGCCGCGUCUCUUCGUUUUAGUGCACCUUUUUCACCCGCCGGAGUCGGCAGGUAGCCGGGCAGGUGGUGGUUCAGCGGCAUGCGGUCUGAUGUGGAGUCCAGCCCGGUGGGAGAGGGGCUGGGGCAGCGGGACUUCUGGCUCUAUGUGUGGCUGCGGAGGGCGGCGGUGAUAGCGGCUCAUGUCACCGGCCUGGGCCUCACUCUCAUCAUCUCCCUGCUGUCCAGACCCGGAACCAGUCUGUUUUCUUGGCAUCCAGUGUGUAUGUCUGUUGCAUACUGCCUGUGUAUGACUGAAGGCAUCCUCCUCUUCUCGGAUGAAGGAUCCCCCUUUUGCUUCAAAUCUCGGAAGGAUAAAUUCUGUCUCCGCUGGUUCUUUCAGGCUCUGGUCCUGAUAGCUGCAGCCACUGGGCUGGGCUUCAUGGUGGCCAGCAAGAACGUGUCAGAGCUCCCCCACCUCGUCACCUGGCACAGUUUGCUGGGCAUCUGCACCCUGGCCGCUACUGUGCUCCAAGCGGCUUGUGGUAUCUGUGUGAUCUUCCCUAAACUGCUGCGUCCCUCCUCCUCUCCGCCAAGGCUGAAGCUGUACCACGCCACCUGUGGUCUGGUGGUCUACCUGCUGGCCACAGCGACCGUGGUGUCUGCCAUGUUCUCAUACUGGUUCCAGGCCAUGGUAAAAGGGGUGGCCUGGUGGGCCUUCCUCCUGCUGCCCCUCUUCCUUGCCCUGGUGGUGAUGAACCAGAUCACUAAUGCCUACCUGCCCCGCAAGAAGAUCACCAGCUAGAAGACACAUAGCAUGAGGCAGAUUUGCUUUAUUCACUCAGUGGCCAUAUUGGAUUUCAGAGGCCCAGAAAAUCAGGUGGAAGCAAGAGUCCUCCGCUAAAGCAGCACAAUAACUAAAGCAUAGGCUUGGGCGGUAUCUAUUUUGGCCGGUAUCAUACCGGUAUUUGUGUUUUUAAAAAAAACAAAAACAGAGUCAAAGCUUCUGGUGAUUGUAGCAUGCCAGAGUUUUCUAUUUUAACUGCCGCAGGUUGUCUAGCAUUUACGGCACUGGUUUAGCGGCCCAGAAUCAUCUCACGUGACGAUGGUUAAUGGACUGUACUUGUAUAUCGCCUUUCCGACUACUCAAAGUGCUUCACACUACAUAUCACAUUCACCCACAUUCAAAGGAACUAACUUACUAACACCGAAAGCAGCAAUUUGGGGUUCGGUGUCUUGCCCAAGGACUCUUUGACAUGUGGGCUGGGGCCGGGAUCGAACUGCGACCUUCCGAUUGGUGGACGACCUGCUCUACCACUAAGCCACAGCCGCCCCUGACGGUAAACGAGAUGAGACAGUCGGAGAAAUGAGCGAAUCAGAGAAGUAAUUUCACCGUGGCGAUUAUUAAAAGCGCCACUAACAUUAUGAGACUAAGCACAGAGCAUCUUCUAAGCAAACAUACCCACUCAAAUCCGAACUGAGUGCACAGAAAAUAAAUGAUCGAAGAGCCGAUAUGACCGAUCCACGAUUGGGAUUUCUAAAUACCCUGGUAUUCCAUAAUACCUUGAUACCGCUCAAGCCUACUAAAGCAAAACCUUCACAUGCUGGUAGUCCCAUAGACAGUAGAAGUUUGGAAAGCCAAGUGGACCAUAAACAUCUCAGAAGUGUAGUGUACCACAAAAACGCCUGCCAAGGCUACAAUCAACCCGUGUCUGUUGGAUGGUCCACUACGUUUCUGAGAUGUUUAUGGUUCACUUGGCUUUCUAUAUAGAAAAACAUAAAAACAUGGGUUUCUUACACCACAUGUAUCUGAAGGGAAGUUUGAAGCCUGGAAUUUAGUUUUACUGCUUGCCAAGAUCUGUCAGUUACUGGAGCCAGAAAAUCCUAAUUUGUCAAAGGGGCAGAGUAUAGGUGAAGCUGAGAUUAGAUAUGCAAAUAUCAAACACCACGUUUUUUUUAAUCAUUUGUGCUCACUAAUGAUCAAUUUGUAGCCCCAAAUUAUUCAUUUGUGCACACAGAUUAUUUGAUUUCUCCACUUAAAUAUAUGUGUGAAGUCAUUAUAGCAGUGGGAACUGAAGCUACAGUUUGUUGUAUCUAGUGCAAAAACCAGAGUGUUAGCAGCAGGCUAGUAGCUGUAUUUUAGUGUGGAGUGUUAUCGCAUUUAUUCUGUUUGUUAAAUCAAUUAAGUAAUUGUAUGGUAUGCAUUACUAGGAUGUGUGCACACAUUUUAAGAAAUGCUACCCUUGAUACCUCCUGCACACUUCAAUACACAGUUUUCUUAAAGCCAGCAUCUAGUGGCCGAUAAAACUGCAGCUUAAAACAUUUUAAAUUUGGCGUCUUCAGGCUUUGACUCUUGCUGAAAUAUGCAACACAAAGGAAUUUUCAAAGAAUCUAAUGACACUAUGUACAAUAUGUGGUUUGCCUUCCACUGGAGACAAUCCCAUAGUUGGAGCUGGUGGACCUCUUUCAUCUGUUGCCUCUCUAGAGGAAUAUUUGCACUACAUAUGCAGUGAAAGCAACAGUCUCAAAGACAGUGUAUGUAGACUGGUUUCUGAAGGGAUAUGAAGCACCUACUGCUGUUUGUGUGAUGACAGCUUCAGCGAUGAAGGUGCUGCGGAAGACGAUGUACCAGCCUGUAAAUUCUAUUUAUUUAUCCAUUUAUGAUAUGUUUGUGUUGUGUUUGUCUUGGCUGCUUACGGGUACUACAUUUUAGCAGUAGCAAACCAAUAGAGGAUUAUCACCCAGCUUUACAAAGCCUCUUUUAGCUUUUUGUUUUGGUUACUGUUUGACUCUAAUCAACCCAAGCAAAAAAAAGUUCUGAUAAACCCACUGUACACUACCUGCCCCGCACUUAACAGCAGACAGACAAACAAAGUAAGCGACUAGCUGGUUAAGUUGAAAUUUCAGCAGUUAAAAGGCCAGAUAUUUUUCUCAGGACUUGGUUGAGAACACUGUUAGUUAAAGCUUUCAGAGUAAAGGGCUGAUAGAAAACACACUCCUAAAACUUUUAUCAGGACAGAAACCACUAAGGUUUAUGAGAUAAAUGGUGUUUGAAAAGCAUUAACAUUAUCACGGCUGUCAGGGAAUGGUUUCCUUGAUGAGGCCUCAUUUGAUUACAGUUAACGCUAGCAUUGAUAACAGUGAAGCAUGUGAGAAACUAGUUACAGGAAGCACCUCUGGUUCAUGAGCAACUAUUAAUUUUUGUCAGUGUGUACAUGUGACCCCUUUCUGUCUUUUGAGAGGUUGUUUGCUAGCCGUGCUUUGUUUGUUUUUGUAAUCAAUAUGAAAAAUGAAGGUGCGCUCACUUUUGUGUUAUUUUGUCGUACAAGGCCAAAGGCACAAUCUUCCUUCUAGCAAAGAUGUCAUCAGUCAGUCCCUCCAGAAACCGAGCUAACGCAAAUUAAACAAAUCCCAUCAUACUCGCAGUAGCUUUAAGUUCUGUCCAGUCCACUCAGUAUCUCUACAAAACAGUCAAAUUAGAAGAUUUGAAAAUUGUACCAAUCACUUUUCCAUCCAAUUCAGCACUGCUGUUACGAGCCAAGGUCAAAUUAACUUGGUCACAACACACCAGCUUCCUUAUAAAUUACACAGUUGUCUUCCUAGGCAGACCGGACGAUAAUGUGCAGCGUAUUGCCUCAAACAAGUACCACCAAUUCAAAUCUCAUUAAACUAUUUAUAUAUUUCUACCUACUAUAGCUCCAACUAUUUAGACCAUCAAACUAACCAUUUGAUACUGUGCACAAAGCUUGUUGGGAAGGCUACACAGCAUGGGAGCAAGUACUGCCUGACAGGCUUAAUUUAGGGCAAAAAAAAGUCUCGAGCAGCUAGCACAAACAGGUUGCUUUGCUUUGCAGUUUUCCAGAAAAGCAGCUGCAGGUUCUGUUGAUGUACAUGCACUGUUCCUCCUGCACGUUGCCUCAACCUCUUUGUCUUAUUCACUACUAGGUAGGUUAUGCAAAUACAAAUCAGUAGUGUUUCCUUUUUGACAUAAUACUAAGUCCAUUACAAAUCAUUGCAUGGCCUUCAGCCCACAAGCAGUAGUAUCUACUGUGUCUGUAAUAUAAGAAAAUAAUGAAAGAUAAUUCAACAUAUCUUGGUUUUCCAAAAGCAUUCAUCAGAUAUAGAAUGCACUUAAAUGCUGGGAAAUUGUAAGAAAAGCAUUUUAGCUGUCCAUUAAAAUCAGGGUUUCUACUGUUAGAAAGAUGAUUUUUUCCCCCUUAACUUCUUCCUUGCAGCUUUUGUUAGCAAUUUUCAAUGUAGUUUCACUCCAGCUUGGAUGAAAAGCAUGUAAUGCAAUAACUGUACAAAAGUGGAAAAUAACCGUUUUUAAUGUCAAAUUUCCUUGAUGAAACAGUGGAACUGUGCUGGUGGGGCUUUUACUUUUUUAGAGCCCCCCCUCAUUAAAUGGUAUGAAUAUUCUACUACAUCCUAUUGAGCAAAGCUUGCUGCUAGAACGUUUUCUAUGGUUAACUUUCUACUCAGGACUUUGUUGUAUGAGCCUGUUCAGUGUUUAUGAGGCGAUCAGAAUGUAGGUUGUAGGUUUAGUAUUUUUUUGAUUCUUGUCAACAGGUUGCUGCCUAUGAACCUUCUGUAAUAAACAAAUAAAUACAUUUGAGUUUU